CGGGGUGCGGCGAAGGGCGGGGCCGGGAGCUGCCGGGCCGUUGGUCGGUUGCCAGGGGCAACAACGGAGCCCCGGGCCUGAGCGCGAGAGAGACAGAGGCGGAGCGCGAGCCCGUUCGGGGGCCCUGCCCAGAGGACCCUGCCAGUGGGGGGCGCCGGGCGAUGGUGCUGGUCAGCGGCCUGGUGCCCGCCCGCUUCCUGACCCUCACGGCCCAUCUCGUCAUCGUCAUCACCAUCUUCUGGUCCCGGGACAAGAAUGUCCUCGCCUCGCUGCCCCUGCAGUACAGCCCGCAGCAGUACCAGCGCCAGGACCUGGAGCUGGUGGUGGCCCUGGCGGUGACGUUGGGCCUGUUCGCCGUGGAGCUGGCCGGCUUCCUGGCCGGGGUGUCCAUGUUCAACAAGACGCAGAGUCUGCUCUCGCUGGCCGCGCACUGCAGCGCCUCCGUCUCUCUCUCCUUCUUUGUCGUGGAGCGCUGGGAGAGCGCCACCUACUGGUACAUUCUGGCCUUCUGCAGCGCCCUGCCCGCUGCCUUCGAGAUCCUGCUCUUCGUGUCCGUCUUCGGGUUCAAGAGGAAGCCCCUGUGAGCCGGAGCCGGGCCCCCCGGGAGGUCUGUACCACUGGCCCCACGGGCUCCAAGCCGGGGGGUGGAUACGCCGGACAGGGAGCUCACCACUGCCUGCCGCUGCUCCUCAGCCCUACGGACCCGGCGCUGGACGGGGGCAGCUGGUGAUGGGGUGGCUGCAUGGGGCAGUCAGGCCCUGGGGCUCUGCCUCUAGGGUGCGGGCUGAGUUAGCCCCAUAGGAGCCUGCAGUGGCCUUCACCAGGACACCCCAGUGGCAGCAGACGGUACUGCAUCCUGUGUCAGUCCCAUUGCAACCUGCAGCGCCCCCCCCAGGAGACCCCCAGGGGCAACAGGUGGCACUGCACUCAGUGUCAGUCCCAUAGCAACCUGCAGUGCCCCCCCAGGAGGCCCCCAGGGGCAACAGGCGGUACUGCACCCUGCGUCAGUCCCAUUGCAACCUGCAGUGCCCCCCCAGGAGACCCCCAGGGGCAACAGACAGCACUGCACUCUGCGUCAGUCCCAUAGUAACCUGCAGUGCCCCCCCCAGGAGACCCCCAGGGGCAACAGGCGGCACUGCACUCUGCGUCAGUCCCAUUGCAACCUGCAGUGCCCCCCCAGGAGGCCCCCAGGGGCAACAGGCGGCACUGCACCCUGCGUCAGUCCCAUAGUAACCUGUAGUGCCCCCCAGGAGACCCCCAGGGGCAACAGGCGGCACUGCACCCUGUGUCAGUCCCAUUGCAACCUGCAGCGUCCUCCCAGGAGACCCCCAGGGGCAACAGGCGGUACUGCACUCUGCGUCAGUCCCAUAGCAACCUGCAGCGCCCCCCC